UGCAGUUUCGCUGAUUGACUCAAAAUUUGUAUUUUUAUGUGUCAUGACUCAUGCAUAUAAGUUAAAGUAAUCAAAAUGAGUUCAUCAAGAAAGACCCUUUGUUUUCGUAUAUUAACGAUCGUAUUCGGCGUUUUGUUGUUGUUGAUAGGUGCGGCCAUACUGGGAUUCUCAAUCUACUUGAGGGUAGACUAUUGGCUCAAUCAGUAUGUGGGUGCGAGUGAGGAGCUAACCAAAUAUACUGUAGCUGUAUAUAUCUUCAUUGCUACAGGGGCUGUUGUCAUUUUAUUUUGUGCCAUCGGGAUAUAUGGAGCUAUCAGACCAGAUAAAUGUGCACUUAUUGUGUAUAUGGUGUUUUUGCCGCUUGUACUCGGUUUGUUGGUUGGAGGCGGAGUCUAUGCAUAUGUGUAUAGAGAAGAGAUAGAAAAUACAAUAAAGAAUUCAGAUUUACUGAAGGAAGUUGUGACAAAGAAAUAUGGAGUAGAUAUGCGAGUUACACAGGCAAUAGACUUCAUGCAGAAAGAGCUCAGUUGCUGUGGAGGCAUGUCAUUUACAGAUUAUAAACUGUCAGUAUGGUCGCAGGAUUACGAUCCCAACGUUGAGGUAGACGGUCGUGAAGACAAAGCACCAAAGACCUGUUGCAAAGAUUAUAAGAGAUACGAGGAUGUAAACUCGCCACCAUAUAAAUACUGUCAGAUGUAUGUUUCAGCCCCAGGUACUGAGGCAAACCCGUUAAAGGAUGUUAAUGAUAACAUUCACCAAAAGGGUUGUGGGGAAGCUUUUGUGCAGUUAGUUCAGGAGAACAUUGGUAUAGCAGCAGCCAUAGCCUUCAGUAUAGUUGCUGUAUUGAUUAUUGCAAUUAUUUUUUGCGCCCUACUCCUGUUCUUCAUGAGAAAAUCGCCACCCCUUAGGGAAGACGAUGUAGUGUACGAGAUGGCGAGAACACAGGAGAAAUCACCUUACCCCGCCCGAGGUGGACCAUAUGCUAACCUUUACCAAAGUUAAAACUUCAUACGCACAUACACACAAACACACACAUAUGAUAUAUAUGCCAUUCAACAUAACAGACUGUGAUUGGAUGAAAGAUCCAUUGUCAUGGCAACAAUGGAAAGAAAAUCAUAUGACGAAAAAAAUCUUACAUAAUUACAACAUAAAGGAGAACCAUCGAAAUCAUAUAAAUCAUGUGACUUACUAUGGUGCAGAAAACUAAAUAGAAGAAAGAAUGGAUUAUUCAUCUUGGAAGAAAGAGUAACUGUAUGAGAAAACAGUUCCCAUGUAUCAACGGAAUAGAUGAAUCGUAUAAGCUAAGGAUUAGAAGAACUAUUACAACCAAUAUUUGUUAUGUUUUUUUAAUGGGAUCAAAUUUCCUUGAACCAAUUUUGUAAAUUUUCUUUUUGGGAACAAUUUAACCAUUUCCCUUUAUUUUGUUUUUUAUUCCAAGGUUUAAUGUGUUGUGUAGUCUGCUGUAUGCCAGAAAGAAGUCCCCAUUUAGUGCAAUCAUGAUGUAUAUUUCCUUACGUAGAUUGUAGGUUAGCGGUUAGUGAUAGAAAUUGUUUUUUACCAAGUGUGUUUUUUACCAGCAAUUUUUGAACCCAUUUUACCAUAUAUAUUCCACUGAUCUCUGCGAAAAAGAAAUACAUGACAUUUUGUCUUCGUUUUCAAGAUUUGAUUUUAUUUUUGUAAUUUUCCUGGUUUGAGAGUUGUGUCUCUCUAAUCACAUUUGAGAAAUGUUCCUAGUUUAAGACUUGUUCUCAUUCAUGAAGCCUUUUUAUUUCUCAGACUUGUUCUCAAGAUUCUAAAUUCUUUUUAUUUCUCAACAUGUUUUUCUAGAUAUUGACGCUUCAUUUUUAUCAUGGUAAAAUUUUUAACAUAUUUAUACGAAAGGGUGGUUUUAUUUUGGUAAUAUUUAACAUUUAUCUUAUGACAAAAUAUAUUCCACUUGAAAAAAAAAACAAAAAACAAAAAGUUGAAUUCAUGGAAUGAACAUUUUGAAAGUAAGAAACUGUUCAAGAAUGUAUUAAAAGAACAUAAGUAAGUGAUGAAACAUUGACCAGCUAGUAGGAAAUCAUGUUCAAAAUAUUGAAGUAAGUGAACUUUAUAUUUGUUCACUUUCUUUUCACAGUUGUAGUCUCCCUUUAACCCUAACUCUGCUAAAUUUCUAUCAUGAACUUGUCCACCUUCCAAUUUGGACAGUACCAUUAACUGUUAAAAGGGGUGCUUACAAAAAAGGUAUUGACUGAAUAGCGAAUAGUGCAGAUCAUGAUCAGACUGCACAGAUGUACAGGCUGGUCAUGAUUACACUAGUCGCAAAGGCAGAACCAAUCGUGUCCAGCAUGGUAAGGGUUAACCAUAACGUAAAAAAAAGAUACAUUGUUGAUACCUAACAGGUAGUAUGUACAUAUUGACCUGAUACACAGUUGAAACGGUGGUUGUGUUUAUUUUUGCUAAACAUCGUUUGCUGUGUUAGUGCGGGUUCAAGUCCUGGUUUAGCCAAAAACACUUGGUAAUGCAGAACGAUAAUCCUUUCUGCAUUGCAUAAAAGUUCUUAUAUCCCAUUUUCCUGUUGUAGCUAUUUGAUUUCUAAUUGCUCACACAGUUUUUGUUAUACACUUUGUAAAUUUGUCUUGGCUAUGGGAUAGAUAUGGUAUUUUGUGUUGGAAUAUUAUGUGUAAAUAUCUUACAGGCCUAGCUUAUAUUUUUUUGUAUUUUUAUUUUUUACUUACAUGGUAUGAAGGCCUUAAAGUUGGGACAGAAGUCUUUUAUGUGUAUAUAUUUGUUAAGUCUAGUCUUGUUUUUAAGAUAACAAACCUCACAGCUUGUUUGUGUUAUGUCUGUUUAACAGCCAAUUACGUUUCACUGUUGUUUUUUUAUGAUACUAAAAGGGAAUCCUUUGAAAUUGUACUAGAAAAACACUUUAUAUUUCAAUGUAACAGCUAGUUACUUUCUACUGGUUAAACUUGAAAAGUUAUGCUUAUACAUGAUUUUUUUUUUAGUCUCUGCAUUUCUUCUGAAAGAAGAGGGCCAAAUGUUCAGGUCUCCUACAUCAGAAUACUUUCCCCUCACUGUUAUGGGUAUAAAACCCCUCAAGGGAUGUAGAAUUCUUCCAUGUGAGGAAGCAUUCUAGCUGGCAUUUGGAAGAUUGAGGUGUCUACCUACUGUAAAAGCACGUGUUUUUGCUGGGUCAAAAUUUUGCGAAUUCGAAAUUUUUUAUUAUGUUUGCGAGGUUUAAUAUUUGUGAAAUUGUAAAAAUGGUAUCCUACUUGAAUUUGCAUUAUACUGUUGGUUGAAAUUUACGCGAGGAUUAAUUUUCGCAAGAUAUAGGGCCUCGAGAAUAUAGCAAAAGUUAAACCCUCGCGAAAAUUUCUGCUUUUACAGUAUGUCCAGGCCCUUAUCUGAAAUAAUGCCUGGGGAGACACGUGGUCUUUCCCCGCCCCCUUUCCCAUUAUAAGCUGGGUAGAUGCUGUAUGGGUGUAACUUUAAACCAGACAAACUGUGAACAAAAUAACCAGAAAGCAACUAGAUGUAAUGACUUGAAGUAGAGUGUUUUCUAGUACAUAUAUGUUUGGUUUUGUUUAAUGUAACAAAAGGAUCUGAUUAUACAGAGAUAGAGCUUCAGUGUACAAUGCUAGUUAGAUUAGCUUUAUACAUUUUUUAAACCAUUCAGUUUCAUUUAAUGUUGAUAUUUUGUCUGUGAACAUGCAUUACAGAGAAUAGUGGUAAUAUGUAACCCUGAAGUUUUUUUUUAGAUUUCAUAAUAUAAUAAUACACACAGAUUAAUAGAUAAAACUGGCAACAAUGUAAAGCUAAGUUGACUGCAAUCAUACUCAGAUUGGCCUAUUAUAAUUUUAACCCCUACCAUGCUAAACUUCUAUAAUAGACUAGUCCAUCUUCCAAUUUAGACUGUACCAUUAACUGUUAAAAGGGGUGCUUACCCAAAACAUACUUACUGAAUAGCAAACAGUGCAGAUCAUGAUCAGACUGCAUGGAUGUGCAGGCUGAUCAUGAUCUACACUGGUCGCAAAGGCAAAACCAAUUGUGUCCAGCAUGGUAAGGGUUAAGUCGAAGUGCUAUUUCAAAUAUUGGAACAACAUAAUAGUUCUGUAAUUAAUGGUAAAAUAUUUAUAUAUUCUUUGCACAAAAUAGUAUUAUUUAUUAUAUUAAUUUUAACAUGUACUCUGUUAUAAUCCUUUUUGAAAAUUGCAAAGAACUGUUUUUAGAAAAAUAUGCAAAAAAUGUUAAGUUCAGAUGUUAGUAGUUCUGAAAACAAGCUUUAGUUUACUUGUUUUAUUUAUUACAAUAAUUUAUUUGUAUUUACUCAUCAAAAAUUCAUAUUCAUUCAAGCAUCCAUGUUUUACAGCAUUUUUUGCACAUAAGGUUUAGAAAUCAUAGAAAGAAAGUAUUGCCAUAUAGAACUACGACACAAAUGAUAUGUUACAUAGACAUAAUACCUAGAAAGUCUUUGGCAGUUUCAUACUUGUGUUCAUAGCUGCUGAUGUGGUUGUCAAAUUUAGAGGGGGGUUGUACUCCGCUUUCUAUUUUAUUUGUUUUGUCUGUAGGGUUUUUUUCCUAAUAAAAACUUUCCAUUACCAUCAAUUGUAAGAAAAAUAUAAUGUUCCAGUUGUACAGUUUCAUUGUGAGCAAAAUUUAGUAGGAAGUCCGAAUAAAAUGAAAUCUGCCAGAAUCUGUCAGGGUUUGACAUGUACAAAUUUGAAAAAAUUAAAAGGGAGGACCCCUCUAUCCAACCUUCAUACUCUUUCUAAAAACAAGAUGACCAUUUUAUUGAAAACAACAUUGAUCACAUAGACAAAAAAUGUAAACAACAACACUGAUCAGUCUUAGUAAUGGUUGUGCCCGUGGACUUGAAGCCAUAAAGCAUGUUAGCAAAGUACACAUGCCUCGAUAGCCUAGUGGUAGAACAUCCGCUUUGAGUGCGGGAGGUUGUGUGUUCCAUCCCGCGUCAUACCAAAGACAUGAAAAAUGGUACCGGUAGCUCUCUUGCUUGGUGCUCAGCAUUAAAAGGGAAACUGGCCUCUUCUCUCUUACCCUCAUAUACCACAUAAACAGAAAUAUAAUAUGCUUGUAAAGACAACAUAAAUGUUGUGUUUAUAUUUCAUGUAUGAAGCUGGUUGGUUCCCUGUCAGUUCAGGUUGCUUAAACAUCAAAGUGUGAGACUACCCGUGAUGCAUUUCAUGCAACCUUUUGUUUAAUCUAUGGAUCUGUAGAAAUAAGUACAAUAAAAGCUCACUUUGAAACGGUCUUUAGAUAGAAGGGAGUUUUUGUAAAUUUUGAUUUAUUUUAGUUUUAAUUAAGUGGUGAAUGGAUCAUGUGAUUGAUUAAUUCAUCUUGUGACAGAUUGAUUGAUAGAUCAAUCAUGUGAUUUAUUUAUUGCCUCUACUUUCAAAAAGAAAAAGUGUUAAAACGACUAUUAAACUGUAUUACUAGUCUUGCAGUUGUAAAAUCUAUUUAAGAUUAAAUUUCUGUUGCAAUAUUAGAUAAAUUUGGUAUUUAAUUUGUAUUUUCUAUUUUUUAAUUUUACAGAGUAGUGACUGUGUAUUAUUUUAUAACAAUAUUAUGUAUUGUGAAAAUUUUUACCAUUUUAACCAUUUGUGUGCCAUUUUCUUCAUACAUGUAUGUCACUGUAUAAUGUGUUGUUAACGAUAUUCCAUGUGUUGUAUGUUUUAUCAGUGUCAGUCAUAUGUCAUACACAUGUCAACAUUUUUAUAACUGCAUCAGUUGUGAUUUUUUACGCAUUUACAUGUUUACAUGUUCAUUUUCGGAACUUUCAUAUUUAUGUAUUUAGAAUGUGUUGUGGAUUUGAAUUCUUUAAAUGUUGUUCCAUCUUGGCGCCAUCUAUUCUAUACUGUUUUUUUAGGUCUUAUAUACAAAGUAUAUGGAGAGCUAUCCUAUGCGCCCCGGUGUUUGCGUCUGCAACCAUGCAUUUUGUCCCUUUUGUAGUAAGUUAAUGUUUUGGUACACUUUUACCCAUUCUCUGUUAUUACUAGAUACAUUUGACUCGGAUUUAAGCUAUUGUCCAAUAUCUUCAUCCAUAUUGGAGUCAUUAAACACUACAGUGAUAACUCCAUCUUCCUUAGAAGUGCCCUAUUUCACUAUCCAGCAUCGAAGUUGUCGAGCAUGCUGUCUCCUGUGACAGUUGUAGGUAUACAUGUCUCAUGUUAAUUGGGUCAGUUGACUGCUAAGAUCAUAAUAUGUAAACUCUGUGUGUUUUUUUUUUUUCAAUGGAUGAAAAAUCUAUUUGGCCCAAAUCAAAUAUUAUUUUACUUCUAGAGCACUGAUGUAAGAUUUGUUGACAUUCUGCAAAUAAAAGGAUGACCCUAGUAAAGCGUUGUAUCUACUCUUAUUUGUUCCCAGUCUCUCCUUGUCUGAACUAAUUAUUUGUGAGGAAAUGGUUAGAAAAUCAGAAAUCACUUGUCAUCAAAGAUAGUUAAAAAAAAAAUUAUAUUAAACACAACACAAAGAAAAUAAUUGCAGUAAUGCCUGCAGUAACAGGAUUUAGAUUCAGUUGGGAAAAUCAUUUUCUUUGCAUUUAGUGACGUGUAUGGGGAUUGUCUUAAUUUUUCUUACAGUAUUGUUCUUUGAUUUCAGACUGUACAGCCCCGUGGGAAAUCUAUGCUUAAAGGAUAUUAACACAUUUUAUUUUUGGUUCCGAUAUUGCAGGUUGUAAAAUAACACAUUCAUUCUAGGUUUAAAGAUAAAACUUAGCACAUAGAGGCAGACAUAAACUUUUCAAGUUUAACUGUAAAAUCAUUUAAUUUUGUGGGCAUGAAAUUUCAUGGUUUUGACCAAAAUGGCAAUUUCGUGAGGAUAUGAAUUCAUGGAUUUCAACAUUUGAACAUAAAAUGAAUGGGAAUUUUACUUGUUCGUUGGGAUUAAAUUUCAUGGAUUGACUCAACCACGAAAUCAACGAAAGUUAGUCUGCCACGAAUAUUAAUGAUUUCACAGUAUACUGUCUGCUUAACACCCACCUCUUUUAGUUUUUAGUCAGAUUUGACCUUUAUUUCAGUACAAAUGUUAAAGUAAAAAUAUGAAAUCACUCUGCUAAUGGAAUUCUGAAUUGCAGCAUUAUGGAGUUGCUUUGCUGUAGCUGACUGCGCGAUCUUAAACAUUUUCUUUUCUCUUUAUGAAGCAAAUGUAUGGAUGUCUAGUGAAAAAUAAGUCAGCGAGUGAGUGAAAUUUUAGAUAGUACACCUUUUUUGUCUCAAAAAUGACUGAAUUUUAUACAAAACAAAGAACUAUUUCUUCUAUUGUAUAUGUAUGAGGGAGACAACUCUAAUUGUAUCCAGAGUCAGUAGUUUAAACAGACAUUCUCAGAGUGUACAAUGGUGCUGCGUAUAGUUUUAUUAUACAUUUUUGAUGAUUCAUAUGAAAAUAGUUUUAAGUUGUUUUCAAUUUUCAUCACAUUACAAGGAAAAAAGCUCACGAUAAAUAAAUGUAGUAAAUCUAUUCCACUAGUUACAUGAUAAACAACUUUUGGUUUGUUGUUUUCUCAAAUUGUUUUAAAUAUUUAAAGACAAGUUAGUCUGCAAAAGAAUAUCUGAGAAGGUACUUUGCUUUUAUGAAGCACAUAUUUUUUUCUGGCAACCAA